AAAUCAGAUCAUAAAGAACCAAAAACAAAAGCCAAAACAUUUUUAGACAUGGCAAUCACAAAAGAGAGAAGAAGCUUGUUGGUUUCAAUGGUGAUCGUGGUCUUCUUCUUCAACUUUCACCAUCUUCAAGUCAUGAGUUGUCCAGAUCCGGCAACGACCAACUGUACGGAUCAGGACAGGAAACUAUUGGAGUUUCCAUUGAAUUUAGAGUACCUUGAAGCUGAGUUUUUCUUGUUCGGAGCAUUAGGGUUUGGUCUUGAUAAAGUCGCACCAAAUCUAACAAUGGGAGGGCCAAGUCCUAUUGGAGCUCAGAAAGCUAAUCUUGAUCCUUUGACAAGAGAUAUUAUUUUGCAGUUUGCUUGGCAAGAGGUUGGCCACUUGAGGGCAAUCAAGAAAACGGUGAAAGGAUUUGCAAGGCCACAACUUGAUUUGAGUAAAAAAGCAUUUGCGAAAGUGAUGGAUAAAGCCUUUGGAGUGAAAUUUGUGCCACCAUUCAAUCCUUAUGCCAAUUCUUACAAUUACCUCAUAGCUUCUUAUUUGGUACCUUAUGUUGGUCUCACUGGAUACGUUGGCGCUAACCCUAAACUGCAAUGUCCAGCCUCAAGAAAGUUAGUAGCAGGACUUUUGGGAGUAGAAUCGGGUCAAGAUGCGGUAAUAAGAGGAAUGUUAUACGCUCGAGCGGCACACAUAGUCUAUCCUUAUGGUGUCACGGUCGCGGCUUUCACGGAUAAGAUUUCUGAUCUAAGGAACAAAUUGGGAAAAGCGGGAGUGAAAGAUGAGGGAUUGGUCGUACCUAAAUUCAUGGGUGCAGAAGGACAAGUGAUUGGGAAUGUAUUGGUCGGUAAUGAGUUCUCCCUUUCGUUUGAUAGAACACCUGAGGAGAUUCUACGGAUUGUGUAUGGAAGUGGAAAUGAAAGUGUUCCUGGUGGAUUUUAUCCUAAAGGAGCUGAUGGAGAAAUCGCUAAGUCUUAUUUGGUUACUGUUGGGAGGGUUGGUCUUGAUAAAGUCGCACCAAAUCUAACAAUGGGAGGGCCAAGUCCUCUUGGAGCUCAGAAAGCUAAGCUUGAUCGUUUGACAAGAGAUGUUGUUUUGCAGUUUGCUUGGCAAGAGGUUGGUCACUUGAGGGCAAUAAAAAAAAGAGUGAAAGGAUUUGCAAGGCCACAACUUGAUUUGAGUAAAAAAGCGUUUGCAGAAGUGAUGGAUAAAGCAUUUGGGAAAAAAUUUGUGCCACCAUUCAAUCCUUAUGCCAAUUCCUACAAUUACCUAAUUGCUUCAUAUUUAGUCCCUUAUGUUGGUCUCACCGGCUACGUUGGCGCUAACCCUAAACUGCAAUGUCCUGCCUCAAGGAAGUUAGUAGCAGGACUUUUGGGAGUAGAAUCUGGUCAGGAUGCGGUGAUUAGAACAAUGUUAUAUGCUCGGGCUUCACACAUAGUCCAUCCUUAUAAUGUCACGGUCGCGGCCUUCACGAAUAAGAUCUCGGAGCUAAGGAACAAAUUGGGAAAAGCAGGACUAAAAGAUGAGGGAUUGUUGGUGCCUAUAGCUAAGGGCGCAGAAGGAAAAGUGUUGGGGAAUGUAUUGGCUGGGGAUGAGUCGUCUCUUUCUUUUGAUAGAACACCUGAGGAGAUUCUACGAAUUGUGUAUGGAAGUGGAAAUGAGAGAGUUCCCGGUGGAUUUUAUCCUAAAGGAGCUAAUGGAGAAAUUGCUAAGUCGUAUUACUAGUGGGAAUGAGGUUUUAGUUUUAGUUGGAGUUUAAUUUCUUUUGGAGUUAUAUGAGAGAUUAAAAAAAAUGGUCGUAUUAUUGUAAUAAAUGUUGUAUGAAUGAACUUUUCACAAUACA